CAACCAUGACCGAAAUGAGCGAGAAGGAGAACGAACCGGAUGACGCGGCCACCCACACCCCCCCGGGGACCGUCUCUGCCCUCCAGGAAACCAAGCUACAGCGGUUCAAGCGCUCGCUUUCCCUCAAGACCAUCCUCCGAAGUAAGAGUGUGGAGAACUUCUUCCUUCGCUCGGGCUCUGAGCUCAAGUGCCCCACUGAGGUGCUGCUGACCCCCCCAACCCCGCUGCCCCCUCCCUCCCCACCACCGGCAUCUACAGACGGGGGCCUGCCGACCCCGGCCCCCUCCCCCUGCCCCAUCCCACGGCCCCUGGCACCACUCAAACCAGUAAGACUGCACAGCUUCCAGGAACACGUCUUCAAGAGAGCCAGCCCCUGUGAGCUCUGCCACCAGCUCAUCGUGGGAAACUCCAAGCAGGGUUUGCGGUGUAAGGCGUGCAAAGUGAGUGUCCACCUCUGGUGCUCGGAGGAGGUCUCCCGGCAGCCGUGCCCCGGCAAGGCGUCUUCCUCCUUCCGUCGCAACUUCAGCUCCCCGCUCCUGGUGCAUGAGCCACCCCCAGCCUGUGUCACAAGCAGAGAGUCCCCACCCACUGGGGCCAGCGGGAAGGUAGACCCCGUCUACGAGACCCUGCGCUAUGGCACCUCCUUGGCUCUGAUGAACCGCUCCAGCUUCAGCAGUACCUCUGAGUCCCCCACGCGAAGCCUGAGUGAGCGGGACGAGCUGACUGAGGAUGGGGAAGGCAGCAUCCGCAGCUCAGAGGAGGGCCCUGGAGACAGUGUAUUCACAGCCCCGGCCGAGAGUGAAGGGUCAGGACCGGAGGAGAAGAGCCCUGGACAGCAGCCCCCCAAGCCCCCUCUGCGAAAGGACGUGGGGCCCAUGUACUCCUACGUCGCGCUCUACAAGUUUCUGCCCCAAGAGAAUAAUGACCUGGCUCUGCAGCCUGGGGACCGGAUCAUGCUGGUGGAUGACUCUAACGAGGACUGGUGGAAGGGCAAGAUUGGCGACCGGGUUGGCUUCUUCCCAGCCAAUUUUGUGCAGCGAGUCAGGCCAGGUGAGAACGUUUGGCGCUGCUGCCAACCCUUCUCUGGGAACAAGGAACAGGGGUACAUGAGCCUCAAGGAGAACCAGAUCUGUGUGGGCGCGGGCAGGAGCAAGGAUGCUGACGGCUUCAUCCGCGUCAGCAGCGGCAAGAAGCGGGGCUUGGUGCCAGCCGACGCCCUGACCGAGAUCUGAGAGGAGCCAAGAGAAGCCAGAUGCCACCCCUGCCCAUGCCUGGCGCUUGCUUCUGGCCCCGGAGGGGAACAGGCAUCUGCCCACACUCUUCUGCCCCCUGCCUCUCUCC